AUGGCAAAUGAAAAUAUCAAUAAUUUAGCCAACAACUUCGUUGUCGUCUGGUUAGAUAGUACUAUUGAAAAGACUAAAGAUAGUCAGAAUACAAGAGCAUUUUUACGACGACUGAUUAGAGGUCAUUUAUUAACAUUUGAUGAACCGAAUAAAUGUUUUGAUGAUAUAACUGAUGAACCAACAACAAAACCAGUAUUUCUUAUUGUUUCUAAUGUAUUUGGUCGAGAUGUUAUACCACUUAUACAUGAAUUACCAUAUAUAUAA